AUGGUUGUUAAAAAACAAAAAAAAUCAGAACCAAUAAUAAAGGCAAAACCAACAGAUCUUAAAAUUAUUGAUAGUGGUAAUAAUAAUAAAAACCAAGGUUUAUUAAAAUAUCAUCCUGAAAUUAAUAAAUUAUUAUUUUGUUAUCCAAAGAGUAAUCAAAUUUAUUAUCAAAAUGAAGAUAAAAAUAUAUUAUUAAAUACACAUGGUGAUGGUAGUAAAAUUGUUACAUCCAUUGAUUUGGGUGUUUAUCAUAAAUGUGCAAGUUCAUGUGAAGAUAAUACAAUUAAUAUAUUUUCAACUAGUAAUAAUGGUAAUGUAGAUGUUCAAACAAUUUCAGUUCCUUCAACUCCAAAUUGUAUAAAAUUUAAUCCAACUCAAUCAUUUUUAGCUGUUGGUUCACUUAAUAAUAUUAAAUCAAUUUCAAUGACAAAUGUUAGAGAACAUCAUUUAAUUAAAGAUGCACAUAAAGGUGAAGUUAUAACAUUACAAUAUAGUAAUGAUGGUAAUUAUUUAGCAAGUAUUGGUGAAGAUUCAAAAUUAAAGAUUUGGGAAUCUGGUAAAUUUGAAUUAUGGGGUGAAGAACCAUCACCAAUACAUACAAUAACAUUAGAUUGUACAAAAGAAACUUUAAAGAAAAUUGGUAUUUCAUGGCGUCCAUCACCAUUAUCUAAACGUGGUACUUCUGAUAGUAGUAAUAGAUUCGAAUUAACAAUUCCAACAUACUCUUCAAAUACAAUUAAAACAUUACAAUUCAAUUCAAAAGAUUUUCAAAAUAAAUGGAAAUCUUAUAUUUUUGAUGACUCUGAUGGUCAUAUUAAAGAGGUUACAAAUGUACAAUGGUCAUCUGGUGGUGAAUAUUUAGCAUCAACUUCAUUGGAUUGUUAUCUUUUAAUUUGGGAUUGUGGUGUUGAUGAUUUAUCUGACUCAACUUUACCAACUGAACCAAUUGUUCGUUAUAAACAUCAUUGUCCAAUCAUCUCAUUCUCUUGGUCACCAUAUUCUUCAAAUUCAAUUUCAUUUUUUGAUAGUAAAGGUAAUUUAUAUCAAUAUUCAAAUUUUGUUGGAUCAGAUGGUGAUGAUAUUGAUACAAAACUAUCAUUAGAAGAUGAUGAACCAAGUUUUGAUUUUAAUGAUGAUGAUUUCAGUUUUGAUGAAAAUGAUAAUAAUAAAAAGAAGAAUGAGGAACAACAAGAAGAAGGAGAUGAUAAUGAUAAUAAUAAUGAUGAUGAUGAUGAUGGUGAUAAAAUUAAAAAACCAAAAAUAUUACAAAGAAAUGGUAUAAAUUUAAAUGAUAAAAGUAAAGUAGAUAAUGAUUAUAAUGAAAUGGAUGAUCAUCAAGAUAAUAUUAGUGUAAGAUCAAAUGGUAAUGAUGAAUUUAAUGAUUAUAAUCAAGAAUCAUUUCAAAUUGGUUCAACUUAUCAAUUUGUAAAUAAUAAUCCAAAGACAAGAAGAUUAAAGACAAAGAGAUAUUAUUUGGCUUAUAAUAUGUUGGGUAAAAUUAUAAAGAGAGAAGAGACAAAAGGUAAUGGUGAAACUUCUUCAAUUGAAAUCGAUUUUCAUGAUACUAGUUUUCAUAAGAAAGUGGUAUUCCCUGAUCCAAAUCAAUGUUUAAGAAUAGCAUCAUUAAAUAGUUGUGGUGCAAUCUUUGCAACCAAAUUCAAUCAAGAGGAAUUGGAUGAGUAUCAAGAGAAACAAGAAGAGAUAAUGUUGAAAAGGUUGGAAGAAGAAGAAGCAAUUGCUAAUGGUACUUCAUUAAGUUCAUCAUUGGGUGGUGGUAGUAGUGGUAGUGGUGGUCCAUCACAAAGACAAUUAGAGUUACAACAACAAUAUGCUACCAAACCAAAAUCAACAUUAACUUUUAAAUCAUUUGAUUCGAAUAAUGGUACUGGUGAUUGGAGCUAUAUAGAUAAGGAUGGUAUCUCUGGUGUUGCAGUAUCAAAGAAUUAUAUCAUCAGUUGCUCAGAGAAUGGUAUUGUACGUAUCUUUAGUUUGGGUGGUAUUCAAUUGAAUUUAUUUAGUUUACCAGGUGAUUUAGUUACAAUGAAUACUCAUGCCGAUCAAUUGGCAAUCGUUUAUCAUAAAUCAAUAUCUGGUCGUAAUGGUACUCAAUAUAUGAACGUUUGGUGGAUUAAUUUAGUCAAUGGUAAACAAUUCUAUCAUGAUACCCUACCAUUGUCACCAUUUUCAAAGCUUUCUUGGAUUGGUUUCUCUGAUGAAGGUUUAUUAACAUCAAUGGAUACUGGUGGUAUGAUUCGUCAAUUAUCAAAUGGUUGGAUUCAGUCGGUUUCAGAUAUGACAAGUACCACACCGACAACAGCUUCAACCUCUACAACUUUCUUACAAUGGAUACCAAUCACAGAUCUCACUAAAUGCGAUAAACCACAUUCACAAGAACUUUACACCUAUUGGGUAAUUGGUUUAGGUAAAAAGGAUAUUUAUUCAAUAUUUUGUUGUGAAUACCCUUUAAUUAAACAACAAACUCAUAAUUAUGUAAAAAUUGAAUUACCAUUACUUACCAAUAAUGGUGGUCCUUCAUCAAUCUCGAAUGAAAGAGAAUUUGUAAAGAGUAAAUUCCAAUUAAGUAGUUAUUUAAAUUAUAGUAUAGCUUCAAAUACUUUUGAAGAAUCAGUUGCCACUAAACAAAUCGCUGAAAUCGAUUCAACAAUCAUUAGAUUAUUCGAUUUUUACGCUCAACAAGGUCAUUAUAAAAAAUGUAUGGAUUUAUGUGGUCUAUUACAUUUAAAGAAAUCUUUAUCAAUUGUAUUUGCUUUAUCAAAUAAAAUGGGUUUAUCUUGGUUAUCAAAGAAAAUCGUUGAAUUUAUUGAAAAUUUUAAACCUUUAAAUUUAAAUCCUCAAAUUAUUUCUUCAUCUUCUUCUCAAAUUUCAUCAUCAUUAUCAUCAUCAUUAUCAUCAUCUCAAAAUUCAUCACAAACCACCACCACCACAACUACAACUUCACCAACUGUUCAAAUUGAUUCACCACCAAAAUCAACACCAACACCAAAAACAACAACCACAACAACAACAACACCACAAAGAGUUUUAAAUAAUACUUUUGAUAGUGACAUUUUCUCAACUGGUGGUGCUGAAGAAUCACCACCACCAAAAUCAACUUCUACUUCAAAUAUUGUCAAAUCACCAAAAACAAAGAAAAUUCCAUUCCAAGUUAAAUCAAAUUCUUCAAUUAAAUCACCUGAUAAUGCUUCAAAAAAAAGAAAAGAUACACCAACUUCUAAUCAACCUUCUAAAAUUUCAAAAUUUAAAUAA